CAUAUAACACUCCACCCCUUGAACCCUCUCAACCCCUCCGCCCUAGCAUCAUUCUUCUGCGCACCCUGUCAUUUUAAAGUUUGAAAAAUCGAACCCAAAAAUCAAAUCUCGUUUGUGAUUCACGCUCCAUAAGCUAAAACUUAGCUCGAAAAUUAAUCUUUCCAAGGGGCCUUUUUUGGGUUUUUGUUUUUUCUCUGCUUUCGAUGAUCAGCUGAUCAGAGGUAAGUCCCUCCUUUGCCAAUUCGUAUUAGAUGCUUAAUCUGGGACAAUAAAAUUCAAGACCCUUUUGCUGAAUUUUUCGGAAUCUAAAUGCCCUUGACUUGUAUUUGAGCAAUUAAUUUUUAUACCACUUAAAUUUUUUAUACAUUGGGAAUUAGUGUCAUGCGAUUUUCGAGGUCGGAAUCUGUGGUGGAAAGGAGUGAAGAUAAUGUUUUGAGAAGUUCUAGGAGUAAGAAAAAGCAUAAGAGAUUAGAUGCAAUAUGCGAAAAUGUUUAUACUAGGAACCAUAGCGGGGUGGAGAAGAGGGAACUGUUAAAUGCGGGUAAUGUGGAUGGGGAUGGAACGGAGCGUCGCCGGAGCACUCGGGUUCGAAGGGCUCCUGAGGUGCUCGAUGCUUCGCCUUUGCCACCAAAGAAGAGACGGAGACUUGAUAAGAAGGGAAGGGUGAGUAGUGUGCAUAAAGGGAAAAGAGUUGUCCGAAUCGGGGUGAAGAAUGAGAAUACGUGUUCUACUUCAAAGGAGUUGGAGGAAGAGGAAGAAAAUUUGGGUAGUUGGAGGUCACGGUUGAGAACUAGGGGUAAAUCUGUGAGCUUUGGAGAGUAUGGAGGAAGGGAGAAGGGGCAUUUCUCGCCGAAAGGGAGGAGGAAACUUUUUCAGGAUUUUGAUGGUGUUAAGGAAGAAGGGGCAUUGGAAAUUAAGGAGAUUGAUAUUAAGGAGGGAUUUCUAGGUGCGGAUUCAUCUGCUGCAGAGGGGAAGGUUAAAGUUUUGAGUCUUUUAGAGAGUGAGCAGCAACAAGUUGGUUUGGGUGGUGGUAUGGUGGAUGAGAAAAUGUUGGAUGAAGAAGAGUUGGCGCAAUUGAGUGAUAACGGAAAUGAUUUACUGUUAAAGACUGAAAAAGGAUGUGGUAAUGAUGAUGGAACCAAAGAUGGCCUUGGAUCCUCAAAGUCGGUUGAAAAAGAGCAGAUAGAAGUUCAGACUGGUUCACAGUUAGAGAAACAUGAUAGCAAUGACAAUGUUCAACUGCAGGUUGAUAAGGUAGCAUGUGUUAUGGAAGAGCACCCAAAUAAUGCUCUGGAAGUUGAUGGAGCAACAACAGACCAGGCAAAAGUUGAAGAAGCUAAUUGGAAGCCUCUAGAAGAAGAAUAUGGAGCCACAGCAGACCAGGCAAAAGUUGAAGAAGCUGAUUGGAAACCUCUAGAAGAAGAAUAUGGAACCAUGGUAGACCAAACAAAACUUGAAGAAGCUAAUUGGAAGCCUCUAGAAGAAGAAUCCUCUGAGAAGUUUGGCAUGAAAAAUCAUGUUUCCAAUGGUUUACUUAACAGUAAACUGAAACCAAUUCGUAUAAAAGAGGGAAGGCAUUGUGGUUUGUGUGGAGGAGGUACUGAUGGAAAACCACCAAAGAAACUUGUACAAGUUGGCAAUGGAACUGACGAUGAAGCAAGUAGUGGGGGUUCUGCUUCUGAAGAACCCAACUAUGACAUUUGGGAUGGUUUUGGUGAUGAACUUGGCUGGCUUGGACGACUCUUGGGUCCUGUUAAUGAUCGCUAUGGUAUAGCUGGAAUUUGGGUGCAUCAACAGUGUGCUGUCUGGAGUCCAGAGGUUUAUUUUGCUGGCUUGGGUUGCUUGAAAAAUGUUAGGGCAGCACUUUACAGGGGAAGGGUUUUGAAGUGCACCCGCUGUGGAAGGCCAGGAGCAACGAUCGGGUGCCGUGUUGAUCGCUGUCCAAAAACUUACCACCUGCCAUGUGCACGAGCCAGUGGUUGCAUCUUUGAUCAUCGCAAAUUUCUGAUUGCUUGUACAGAUCAUCGACAUAUCUUCCAACCCCAGGGAAGUCAAUAUUUACUCCGACUGAAGAAAAUGAAGUUAAAAAAAAUGAAGUUGGAAAUUAGAAAGAUGUCAAAUGAUGCAUUAAGGAAGGAUAUUGAAUCAGAAGAAAAAUGGUUAGAGCAAUGUGGGGAGGAUGAGGAGUUUCUGAAGCGUGAGGGCAAGAGACUUCAUCGGGAUUUGCUGAGAAUUGCACCCACAUAUAUUGGGGGCUCAAGCGGUGACAGUGAGAUUCAGUUUCAGGGUUGGGAAUCUGUUGCUGGUCUUCGUGAUGUCAUACGAUGCAUGAAGGAAGUGGUCAUUCUACCACUGUUAUACCCCGAGUUUUUUGGUAGCCUGGGGCUUACACCUCCCAGAGGAGUUCUGUUGCAUGGAUAUCCUGGGACAGGCAAAACUUUGGUUGUACGGGCAUUAAUUGGUUCAUGUUCUCGUGGUGAUAAAAGAAUUGCAUAUUUUGCUCGCAAAGGCGCGGAUUGUUUGGGAAAAUAUGUUGGGGAUGCUGAGCGUCAGCUGAGACUUCUUUUUCAGGUUGCUGAAAAGUCUCAGCCUUCAAUUAUUUUCUUUGAUGAAAUAGAUGGCUUGGCCCCUUGCCGUACUAGACAGCAAGACCAGACACAUAGUUCAGUUGUUUCUACUUUGCUUGCUUUGAUGGAUGGUUUAAAAUCUCGAGGUUCAGUUGUUGUAAUAGGUGCAACAAAUCGUCCUGAUGCUAUUGAUCCAGCUUUAAGGCGGCCAGGAAGGUUUGACCGUGAGAUUUAUUUCCCACUGCCAUCGACAGAGGACAGAGGGGCAAUUCUGGCACUACACACUCAGAAAUGGCCAAAACAAAUUAGUGGCUCAUUACUUAAGUGGGUAGCAAGGAGAACUGUGGGAUUUGCUGGUGCUGAUCUGCAGGCUCUUUGCACUCAAGCUGCCAUUAUUGCUUUGAGGAGGAACUAUCCUUUGCAUGAACUUCUAUCUGGUGCUGGAGACAAUGCCUGUUUGGAUAAACUCCCUCGUCUCCCAUCUUUCACUGUUGAAGAGAGAGAUUGGUUAGAUGCUCUUUCAUCAGCACCACCUCCUUGUUCCCGCAGAGAAGCUGGAAUUGCUGCAAAUGAUUUGGUAACCUCGCCUCUUCCAGCCCAUCUUAUUCCUUGUCUGCUACAACCACUGUCCAAAUUGCUUGUUUCCCUUUAUUUGGAUGAAUAUGUGUGGUUGCCACCACCUCUUUAUAAAGCUGCAACAGUAAUUAAACAUGUGGUUCUUUCUGCUUUGGAUGAGAAGAAAGUAGUGGGUGAUAACUGGUGGUCGCAUCUUCAUGAUUUUCUUCAAGAUGCAGAUAUUGUUGGUAAGAUUCAGGAUAGCCUGUCAAGUGCUGCCGUUUUAACAGAUGCUAUGGACUGUUCUGAUCCCCUGGAAGAUGUUGCCGAUGACAGAUACUUAAAGUUUAAACCUUCAAGGGCACAGUGUGUAUAUGCUCACCCUAGCCUGCUUCACACCAUGUCCUAUCAACCAGGAACUAAAUCAGGAUUUAGGAUUUUGAUUUCUGGGGAAGCCAGAUGUGGCCAGAGGCAUCUUGCUUCUUGUGUUCUCCACUGUUUUUCUGGCAAUAUUGAAAUACGAAAGCUUGACUUGGCUACUUUGUCCCAGGAAGGGCAUGGAGAUGUGGUUAAUGGGCUAACACUAAUACUGAUGAGAUGUGCCAGUUUGGAUUCAUGCAUGUUAUUUCUGCCAAGGAUUGAUUUAUGGGCAGUAGAGACAUGUAUUCAGUCUUGUGAAGGACAAACUGCUUCCCCUUCCUCUAGCCAGAGUGCAACUGUGGAGUUUGCGGGGAAUUCAGAGUCCCAAGGUGCUGUCAAAAAUGUCUCAUGUCUAUGGAACUCAUUUGUUGAGCAGGUCGAAUCUAUCUGUGUACGUACACCAUUGAUGAUUCUGGCUACCUCAGAAGUACCAUUUGUAGAGCUUCCUUCUAGAGUGAAGCAAUUUUUCAGGUCUGAGAUGUUGGAUUGUGCUCUGUCCAAUCCCUGGAAAGAUACAAUGCCCCGAUUCUUAGUGGAGGUGGAUCAACAUUUGAAUUAUGAUUCCAUAAUUGAUACCUCUGCAACGAAGUUAUUGAUGGAUCUAGUUCAGUACUUCAUUCAUUUGAGUCGUCACAGUAUUCAUGCAAACUCAUCCAGUCAGAAGAAAUAUCACAGUGUUGGUGAACUUAGUCUUAAUGCUAUACACCAAUGUUCAGGUCCAAAGUCAAACUUUGAAUCUUCAAGCAAGCAUCCGAUUGCUCCUGUUCCAUCAGUCGCAGCUUGCAAUACUGUAAAAGGGAAAUCCAACUUGCUUGCAGCAAUAUCCACAUUUGGUUAUCAGAUUUUGCGAUACCCUCAUUUUGCUGAGCUUUGUUGGGUCACGUCUAAGUUGAAACAAGGUCCCUGUACUCACAUAAAUGGACCCUGGAAGGGCUGGCCAUUUAAUUCUUGCAUUUUUCGUCCUCUGAACUCAACUGAAGGGGUUGCUGUUGCUUCUAGUUCCAAUGCUGCUAAAAAUACAGAUAAGUCAGGUGUAGUGAGGGGGCUAAUUGCUGUUGGUUUAUCAGCAUAUAGAGGUGAAUAUGCAUCCCUUAGGGAAUUUUCCUUGGAGAUUCGUAAAGUUCUGGAGCUUCUGGUUGCACUUGUUGAAACAAAAAUUCAGGCUGGUAAAGAUAAAUAUAAAUUCUUCCGUCUACUAUCACAAGUGGCAUAUUUUGAAGAUAUGGUUAUUAGCUGGGCAUAUACAUUACGGAGCUUAGAGGUGGAUGCUCAGUCCUUGAAUGGAAGUCCUAGUCUAAUUGGUGCGGGAUCUUUUAGCAAUCAAGUUACCUGCAAUGACAGUCUUCCUGAAGGUAGUGGUUGCAAACAAACUAUUCCCAGUGAAAUCUUGCAUGAACCAGUGGGGCCAGGAGAAAUUUCCCAGGAAGUCAAAGCAAACCAUGUUGGUGCCCAUACUAUGGCAGAUGAUAAUUUAAGUUUGCAGAACGGGGAUGAUGCAUCUGUGCAUAAGGAGGACUCGUCACAAGGUUUCCUAGAUCAUUCUUCCUCUGUUGAACGUAUGCAAAGUCAUCUGCAAAAUGGGAUUUGUAAUGAGCAUUGCAUGCUUAUAGAUGCCAAGAAUCCUACAGAAAUUGUUGAAGAUGAGGAGUGCAAUAAACAUUCUAAUGGAUUUGUGGAGAGAGAUUCUUCUGAUGGAUUUGUGGAGAGAGAUUCUUCUGUUCUUCUUAAGGAUGGCCUUGGUGUUUUUGGUGAUAAACAUGGUAUGGAGGUCUCUGAUGCUGGGAAAACUGGCAACCAGGAAAGGUGGCCCUUGGCUCCAAAUGGUUUGCCAUUUGACAAUGCGAAGGAAAAUUCUUUGGGUUGCUCUUCAAGGAUAUCUACGGGCUCAAGUGAUGCUGUUCUGGUGUGCAUUUAUCGUUGUUGCACCCAGUGUCUGGUCAAUCUUUACCAGUUGUUGCUAAAACUUCUCAAUUAUGAGUGGAGACUUGAAGGAAGCACUGCAACUGUAGAAGAUUUUCAUGAUUCCAUUGCCUCUUUAUCAGUUAGUCUUCAAUCAGCAGUGAGGAAAUUGUUCGCAACUGACAGUUCUAACGAUGUCGGUGACGAAAAGCUGGAGGACAGUAAAUACAGUCGAAGCACAGAAAUGUGCGCUUGCCAACUAAAAAGCCCAGGAAAGAGGUUAGUUGUGCCAAUGGAAUGUGGUUGUCAUCCAGCAAGCGAGAGUUUGACAACGAAAGCAAGAUUCUUCCCAAACUCUCGGCAUGGUUUUGAUUUUAAGUAUGUAUUCAAGGACGGUGUACUGGUGACAACAAUGGACACAGAUUACAACGUCCCUUUUCACUGUAAAUUUGAGAAAUUAUGUCUUUGUUCCCUCUUAGAGUGCAUAGUGACGACCAAGGAUCCUUCGGGUUGAAAGGCAGAUUACCAUAAUCAACAUAGAACUGCUUUGCGAAUUCUUCUGAUCCUUGCGGAAUUUUGGAUGGACACCUUACUGUAGAGUUGAAAAAAAAAAAAAAAAAAAAAAAGAAGUUUGGGAUUCGAUUU